AUGGCCAAUGGUGAGAGGUUCAACAAGGCAAACUGCUGGGUGCUGCACUUGGGACACAACAACCCCAUGCAAUGCCGCAGGCUGGGAGAAAAGUGCCUGGAAAGCUGCUUGGCAGAAAAGGACCUGAGUGUGAUGAUUGAUGCAGGUGCUGAAGGUCUGGUUGAUGGCAAGAAGCUCUUCAGUGGAGAUAUACAGCUAAGAUGGCGUUUGGAUUCCUCUGAGUCCCCUGGAGAGGUGCCACUGGGUACUCGGUCUUCUUGCCUAGAUAGCCAGUCUGGGUGGAAGGGUUCUUCCACUACUCAUGCUAUUGAGGAACAUAGGUUAAAAGUCUAUAUAGUUGGAGUAGAAAUUUCAGUGACAAGUUCUGCCGUUUGCAAUGGCGAGGGGAUGUUCGGCGGAGUCACAGAUGAAGCAGUUAAUGUCAAUCAGCAAUGGGACCUCGCGGGCAUUGCUGAGGCGGCUCGCAUAUCGAUUCAGCUCCAGCCAGCACCGAGUGAUUCUCGGGGAGCCAUCGACCGCGACCGACCUCUGGUGCUCUCGACGGACCAAUGGCAUUGCCUGCCUGUUAGACACGGCGAAAGCCAUGCGUGGUUGGGCUACGGAGCUCCAAGGGGAAGCCUAGGUGCCGUCCGUCAGACAGUGGCGAAAGCUCUGCAGGUUCGGCAACAGUGGCCUGGUCUGAGAGAGGAUGAUGAUUUUGAUUUGUUGAUAGCCCCAUCAGCUCCGUCAGCCCCACCUGCUCUAAAAAGCGGGGAAGUAAGGGAUGACGUUGAUGAUGAGAACCUAGAAGUAGAUAAAGGAUGUGAAUGUAGAGAAGAACGGGAAUAUCCCAUCACCCCAAUUUCACAUCAGACCCAACAGCGAGAUAUGCAGGGAAAAGGUGAACCACUAGUAAAAAUAAGGCUGGGGGAAGAGGAGGUACAAUUUUUAGUUGAUACUGGUGCAGCUUAUUCUGUGUUAAAUGACCUGUAUGGGAAAAUAGGGAAUAAGACUGCCACAAUAAUAGGGGCCACAGGGAGAGAGGAAGUGCGGCCAUUCAUGCGACCCCUGGAAUUACGGUUUGGGGGAAAGGAAUUGAUACAUGAGUUUCUACACAUGCCAGACUGUCCUGUUUCCCUGUUGGGACGAGAUUUAUUAUCAAAAUUAAAUGCCAAAAUUAUUUUUGAAAAUGGGGAAUUGAUUAUGCAGGUACCGGAAUCACAAUCCGGACAGAUACUAGUGUUAAAGGACAGUCCAAAGGCCCGAAUACCUAGGGAAGUAGAGGAAGCAGUGAUUCCCACAGUUUGGGAAACAGAAAUCCCGGGAAAAUCAAAGAUAGCUCAGCCGGUAGUAGUGGAAUUGAAAGAAGGGGCAAGACAGGUAUGGAUAAAACAAUAUCCCAUAAAAUUAGAGGCACGAUAUGGGAUAGUAAAAACAAUUGAGAAAUUUUUAAAAUUUGGAAUUUUAGAGGAAUGUGAAUCAGAACGUAAUACACAAAUUUUUCCAGUAAAGAAACCGAAUGGUGAAUACAGGUUAGUACAGGACCUAAGGGCAAUAAAUGAAAUAACAAAGGAUAUCUAUCCGGUAGUGGCUAAUCCAUAUACAUUGUUGACAUCUGUAAAAGAGAAAUAUAAAUAGUUUACAGUAAUAGAUUUGAAAGAUGCUUUCUUCUGCAUUCCCCUUGGCAAAAGCAGUAGGAAACUCUUUGCCUUUGAAUGGGAAAACCCACACAAUGGACGUAAGACUCGGUUAACCUGGACGAGACUUCCACAAGGAUUCAAGAAUAGCCCGACGCUUUUUGGAAAU